AUGGCCUCAUUCCCGAAUACCCCUCAGGACUGGCUGGCUUUUCACGGAAAGCUGUCCGAAUACUUUCCACAAGGAUCGCCGUCUCAUCUGGCCUUUCCACCGAAAGUCUUGAACCAGAUCUUCGAGUACCUAGAGCCAGGUCCGAUCUUGAUCGGAACCAAACCCAAUGAACUGUCUCUGAGGAUCCAGGAGAAGAGCGAUGCUGUGAAGGACUUCCUGUGCCGUCGCAGAACGCUCCAUGCCGCUUGUCGGACCACGAAACAGCUGAAGGUUGUGGCCCAACCGCUACUAUAUCGUAGCAUUGUCCUCGUCCGCGCAGAGCAGCUCGUCACUCUCUUCGUCACGCUGUGGAAUAAUCCCCAUUUAUGUGGCAAGAUCAAGUACCUUGCCUGCCUGCUGGACUUGGCGGACUUGGAUGUAAUCCUCGACACCAUCAUCGCAUGGAAGCAGGGGUGUCCCAAGCCGGUCGAACCCCACGAAACGACGGGGAGUGACAAUAACUACAAGAUGGCCAUCGUCCUUGGAACGUCGAGGCGUGACAUCUUCUACACCCUGGGUCUUGAGCUCAGAAGUCCCCGACUGGAACCCAGAGAACUUAUCAAGCAGCAUGAGGACCCAAAGGCCUGCCAGGAUUCUGAAGAGGCCGCUUCUGGCAGUGUUGCUAUGGACGAAGAGCCUAAAGACACGCGGAAGUGUCUACCUCAGCAGCUCUUUGGCGCCAUCUUGGCUUUGUCGGACAACGUUCAAGACUUGCUUCUCACGCUGCCCGAUUGGAAGGAAGAAAGUCCAUACACCAUUGUGGAUUCAGUGUUGAGGUGGAUCGUCGUGCCCCGGGAAGAAACUCAACCUUUUCCGGACGAUCCACCUGGGAAGAAGAAGACGAAGGAGGAGCAGGAGGAGAAGAAAAAGAAGGAGGAGGAGGAGGAGGAGAAGAAGAUGAUGAUGGAGAAGAAAGAGCGAUACCCCAGUAAAGACCCAUUGCAUGAGUGCGUGGACCUGUCUCGUGAAGACGCCCAGCCUGGUUUCUUCAAGUAUCUCGUCACUAUCCGUCUUCAGCCUCGUCACGGCCCGAAUGGCUACGUGUCCAAGCCGGAUUUCUGGUUCCCAUAUCGCCCGACCCAUGUUGCGACAGCACAACUGCCUUACACCAAGCAACUCAUUCUUUUCAAGGACUGCGGCGAUUGGAGACACCUCGAUUCACCAUACCAUAUCCCGGGCAAGGCGACGGAGCUGAACGUAGAGGAGCCACCGAAGGCCAUCUACCAAACCAAACCCAAAGAGAUCAGAGGAGGGUGGCUGGCUGGCUUUGCCAAAGAUCUGAAACGCAUCGAGGAUCUGCGGCUUCUCGAGAGCCAUACUCACCCCUACGACGUGUACUGGCUGCUGCGCUUGGCUAUAAACCUGAAGACGUUUCACUGGACGUACGACCCCCGCGACUGGACUCAUCGUGCCCCAAAGCAGAACAUACACAGAACCGGCAAGCUCGUGUCCGACUUCAAAAGGCAGCCCAAGGAUGGGGCGAUUGAAAAGGCCUUGAUGGAGGGUGCUCCCAGACUGGUGACACUCUACAUCGACAGGCUCCGCGACCGGGGCUUUAACUUGCAAGACACGAUCGACUGCUUCCAACGGUUCGACCACCUCAAGAACCUGACUAUUGACUCGCGUACGCUCUUUGGCAAGCCUCCCUAUAGAUACAUGCACAAGUGGGUAAGAUCGCUUCCCAGCACUCUCGUCAGCCUCGUCAUCAUCGAGAGGUGGCCGCAGCAUGUGAUUGACAGAUCCCUCGUCAUGUCCCUCGUCAUGUUCGACAGGUGGCCGCAGCAUGUGAUUGACAGAUCUCGCGAUACCUUCGGAGAAUUCAUGUUGCUCGAUGACUGGAUUGCCAGAGCCCUGAAUGGCCUGACGGAUGGGCUGGACAACCUUCGCUCCGUCACGUACAAGGCCUCCCCUACGGGAGCCUCCAAUUAUGGCAGCCCCUUGAGAAGCGAUAGAGCCAUUGCCAAGAUGGAAGAUGUCUUUCUUCGUAGCGGCAUCGAGUACAGCUUCGAGUUGCAGUAG